GUUAUUAGGUUGUGAUGAUAUUAUUAUUACAGUUGUAGCAAUUUUUUAAAUAUUUUGCGAAAUGCAAUGAAAACUAAAGUUAUUCUUGAAUAUAUUAGCUUGAGUAAUUGCAGUAAUAAAAAAUGAAUAAAUUUAUUUAUUAGUCCCCUUAGAUAAUUAAAUAAAAUAAAGAUGAAGUUAGUGUUUAAAAACAUUGAAAAAGAUGGCAGUGGAAGCAUCGGUCUUAUAUCGGAGGAAUCUGAAGAUAUGUGGCAUGCUUACAACCUUAUAGCUGAAGGUGAUUCUGUUACUGCGUCGACCGUAAGAAAAGUCCAAAAUGAGUCGUCGACGGGCUCUUCGACAAGCAGUAGAGUUCGAACUACGCUAACUAUAACCGUGGAAAAUAUUGAUUUCGAUACACAAGCAUGUGUUCUUCGUUUGAAAGGCCGGAAUAUAGUUGAGAAUCAAUAUGUGAAGAUGGGGGCAUACCACACAUUAGACUUGGAAUUGAAUAGGAAAUUUACAUUGCGAAAGCUACAAUGGGAUUCUGUAGCCUUAGAGAGAGUAGAUAUGGCCUGUGAUCCAGCAACCUCGGCGGAUGUUGCAGCAGUGGUAAUGCAAGAGGGCUUAGCUCAUGUAUGCCUAAUUACAUCAUCAAUGACAUUAGUCAGAUCAAAAAUUGAUAUAACAAUACCUAGGAAGCGGAGAGGCUUCACACAACAGCAUGAAAAGGGACUUGCUAAAUUUUAUGAAGCUGUAAUGCAAGGUAUACUCAGGCAUAUUGACUUUAGUGUUGUCAAAUGCAUAAUUAUUGCAUCCCCCGGAUUUGUUAAGGAUCAAUAUUAUGACUACAUGAUGCAACAAGCUAUAAAAACUGAUAAUAAGCUUCUUAUUGAAAAUAAAUCAAAAUUCUUGUUGGUCAAGGCUUCAUCGGGAUUUAAACAUUCUCUAAAAGAAGUUUUACAAGAGCCAUCAGUAAUGGCCAAGAUAUCAGACACAAAAGCAGCGAGUGAAGUUAAAUUGCUGGAGGGUUUCUACACAAUGCUGCAAUUGGAGCCGGCAAAGGCAUUUUAUGGAAAGAAGGAUGUUAUGAGAGCAAAUGAGGCUUUAGCAAUUGAAACACUCAUGAUUUCAGAUAAAUUAUUUAGGUGUCAAGACAUUCAGAAGCGUAAAGAAUAUGUUGGUCUGGUGGACUCGGCCAGAGACAAUGGUGCUGAUGUCAGGAUAUUUUCUAGCAUGCAUGUUUCUGGUGAACAGUUGGAUCAACUAACUGGAGUAGCAGCUAUUUUACGUUUUCCAAUGCCCGAGCUCGAAGACAGUGAUGCUGAAUAUGAUAACUCAGAUUCUGAUUAAUCUUGGGUUCUGCCAACAUUGACAUUUUAAUAUGCAGAGGAUUUUCGUGUUAGCCAUGCCUGCUACGAUUUCAUACAUUUUCUUGAUUUGACAUUUACUAUUCGAUUUAACUUAUUCGUACAGUUUAUGAAGUCGACUAAUAAUUAUUGUAUGGGUAUAUUAUUAGGGCUUUAGUUAUUUGGAGCUAACAGGUUCUGAUAAAAAAGCGUUCUCUAGUAAUUUAUUAUUGAAUAUUUUUUAUUACAGGAACCUAAAUAUGAACCCUAGAUUUCGACUGGAUUAGAUAGACAUUGCUAGGCCAAUUUUAAAGUUAGUGAGAAUUAUAGUUUUGAAUGUCCUUAGCUUAUUAAAAUGUUAAAUGUCUAAGGAUAUUAUUGGCUGUUAAGUUAUGAGUAAGACAAAAAUAUUUGCUUUUAAUAUUUAUUUAUUGUUAAAAUAAUGAAACUAUAGUUGUACCAUACUGUCUUUUACUUGGUUUAUAACGCAAUUGCCGUAAAUAGAAUUUUCUCUAUAUCCCAGAUAGAAAUAUAAACAGCUUUAAUUGGUACUCUGUCUUCUAGUAUUGAAUCGCGUAAUUCAAAGGUUGCCAUAUAUAUGAAAAAACUUCCAUACAUUGUUGGGAACAGUAUCUCUAUUGAAAAUUAGGCCCGGCGCACAUUAUCGGCAUCGAAAAGGGAUCUUUCAGCAUGCAAGCGCACAUUGUCGGAAAAUAUGUCUUGGCAUGCUGCAACGUUCUUAGGGAUGACGAGGCGUCCUUAAGCAUGCUGAGGCGUCCCAAUAUCUAUUUUUCUUCAAAACAAAGAGUCUCAGAGUUGUUACAAGUUAGUGGCCUGAGUUGUAUUUAAUAUGGUGAAUUGGGAUCUAGUGCUUAUAGCAGCUCUUGCUGAAGAAGAGAAAUCUAAUCAAUCAAGGAGAAGAUUUUGGGUGAACAGCCUUUAGAAGCAACGGUAUACGUCUGGUGAAUUCAACAAUUUAUUCAAUGAUUUGCGUUGAUGAAUUUAACACGGCGGGCGAUGGCGUACCGAAGUAUUUUUUUAUAUAAUAAAGGGGCAAACGAGUGUGUGGGACACCCAAAAAGGCAGUCAUCGCAGCCCAUAGAUACCCAUCUUUAGUGGGUGCGUUGCCGGCCUUAAAAAAAGUAUCCCAAAGCUGCCGAAGCGGUAUUUUUGUUACUAUAUAUCAUGGAAUAUUCUACUUUAUUGCUAUGAAGCUAAUGUAUAAUUCUUUUUAUCACCUCAGCCGUUCCGAUGCCGAAAAUGAGCGCUGGGCCUCAGUGUACGAACGUUGGCUCGUACUAUAUACGCGUAUUUAUAAGAUACAUUGUCUAAUUUUAUAUUUAUUUUAUCAGAUCUUAUGUUGUUAAUUAUUGACAUGUUUUAACAUAGAUAAUUGUAAAUAUAUUGACACUGAAGUGUGAUAUUAUAAAAUUCCGUUUUACUGUAGUUAGAAAAAUUUAAUUUCUGUAUAUAAUCUAAUAGUUUUUGUUAUUAAUACAAAUCAAGCUUUUA